UCUACCUGGGGAGCAACUCUCUGCCUGGGCUUUCUUGACACAUUUGCAGCUCACCUAGCAGAAUUAGUCCUUUCUUCCCUCCAGCAAAGGUGAAGGAUUUGAAGGACACAGAGAUGAACCAAGCCCGACCUCGCUAUGUCGUCGACCGGGCUGCGUAUUCUGUCAACUUCUUCGAUGAAGAAUUUGAGAAGAAAAAGAGAAGUUACCCGCUUGGGGAAAAAGUCAAGAACCUUUUCAGAUGUUCAUCAUCCAGGUUCAAAGUCAUCAUCUACAGUCUGUUUCCAAUACUCGUCUGGCUCCCCAAAUAUAAAUUUAAAGAAUACCUUGUGCCCGAUGUUCUCGGGGGAAUCAGUGCGGGGACAAUACAAGUGCCACAAGGGAUGGCCUUUGCGCUGCUUGCCAGUCUGCCUCCCGUCAAUGGACUCUAUUCCUCCUUCUUCCCUUUGAUACCCUACUUCAUCCUAGGUGGCGUCCACCAGAUGGUCCCAGGCACAUUUGCUGUCAUCAGCAUUAUUGUUGGGAGUGUCUGCCAUGAUCUGGCUCCUGAAUCCGAUUUCCAAUACUUUAACCAUACCACCAAUGAGAUAAACAUCAACAACACAGCCAUGGAGGCAGCCAGACUGGAGAUCUCUGCCACAUUAGCCUGUCUGACAGCCAUCAUACAAAUCUGUCUGGGAUUUGUGCAGUUUGGCUUCGUUGCCAUCUACCUCUCGGAAUCCUUCAUCCGGGGCUUCAUGACUGCAGCAGGGCUCCAGAUCCUUAUCUCGGUGCUCAAAUAUGUCUUUGGCUUGACAAUCCCGGCCUACACUGGGCCCUUGGCCAUCGUCUAUACAUUUAUUGAUAUUUGCAAAAAUCUCCCCAAGACCAACGUGGCCUCCUUGAUCUUCGCCCUGAUCAGCACUGUGCUCCUGAUUAUUGUGAAAGAGCUCAACAUGAAAUACAUGAAGAAGAUCCGGGUGCCCAUCCCCAUGGAGAUCAUCAUAGUCAUAGUAGCUACUGCGGUCUCCGGCUGCUUGAACAUGCCUGAGAAAUACGACAUGCCAAUUGUUGGGAAGAUUAAGAUGGGCUUCCCAGUCCCCACACUCCCACUGGUGAGCAAGUGGAAAGAUAUGAUUGGCACAGCUUUCUCACUUGCCAUUGUGGGCUACGUGAUCAACCUGGCCAUGGGGCGAACGCUGGGAACCAAACAUGGCUAUGACGUAGACCCCAACCAGGAAAUGCUUGCUCUGGGCUGCAGCAACUUCUUUGGAUCCUUUUUCAAAAUCCAUGUGAUCUGCUGUGCUCUGUCCGUAACCCUAGCUGUGGACGGGGCUGGAGGAAAAUCUCAGAUGGCAAGUUUCUUUGUAGCGCUGGUGGUUAUGAUAACUAUGCUGGCUUUGGGAAUCUACCUCGACCCCCUUCCAAAGGCUGUGCUGGGAGCCCUGAUAGCAGUGAACCUGAAAAACUCCCUCAAGCAGCUGGCUGAUCCCUUCUACCUGUGGAAGAAAAGCAAGCUGGACUGUUUGGUCUGGGUGGUGAGUUUCCUGUCAGCUUUCUUCUUGGGCCUGCCAUUCGGAGUCGCUGUUGGAGUGGGAUUUUCUGUGCUGGUGGUGGUUUUCCACACUCAGUUUCGUAAUGGCUCUGCCCUGGGUCAGGUAACUUCAACCGACAUUUACAAGAACCCCAAAACCUACAAAAAGGUCCGUGAAAUAGAUGGGAUUAAAAUUGUGACCUACUGCUCCCCACUGUACUUUGCCAAUUCAGAGAUAUUCAGGGAGAAGGUUAUAGCAAAGACUGGGGUAGACCCCGGCAAAGUGUACUUAGCCAGGAAAAAAUAUGUGAAACAUCAGGAGAAGAAGGCGGCUUCACAAAAAACAACGAGGCUGCAAAAAUUGUUCUUCGGGAACAAGAAGACCUUGUCAGUGCAAGAGCUCCAGAAAGAUUUUGAAAGCACCUCUCCGACAGACACCAACAAUAAUCAAAUGACUGCCAACGGCACCAGCAUCUCCUACAUCACAUUCCACCCCCCUGCAAACAGUGCCGGGCAGGUCAAUACCUCAAGUGAACAGGGCAGCAUCUCAAGCCAUCGGGGCAGCACUUGCAGUGUUAUCCCAGCUGCAAACGUCGACCCAAUGAUCACAGCACCACCCUAUAUUAGAUUCCACACCAUUAUCCUGGACAUGAGUGGAGUGUGCUUCGUGGAUCUGAUGGGCACAAAAGCUCUGGGGAAGCUGUGUUCCAACUAUCAGAAGAUUGGGAUUAAAGUCUUCCUGGCAAACGUGCAUGCCCAGGUGUACCAUGACAUUAGCACAGGCGGAGUCUUCGAAGAAGGGGGCCUGGACCCAAGUCACAUCUUCUUGACCAUCCACGAUGCUGUUCUGUUUGCGCUGGCAAAUACCAGAGGAGUCUUCCGUCCUCCUGGUUUAGAAGAGAGACCAAGUCAGACAGAGCUCUCCAUCUAUGAUGAAUCUGCGGAUGAAAGCAGUGCAGAAUUUAAGAACUUGGAGGAGGAGAUGUUUGGAACCAUGUUCCGGUCGGAGGCCCAGACAGCUCUGUGAGUGCCCGGGGGAAUGUUAAAGGGCUGGCAAAGCCUCCGGAACUGACUAUUCUCACAUAUUCCUUUAUGAAGAUGCUUCCCCUGUCUGAGUGGUGCACAGAGCAGUCUUUCUGUGCUUCCAACCCAGGGUAGCAGUGAGUUUGCGAGGCGAGGGGCCGUCACACCUCUCCUCCUGAUAUCCUCUCUCCUCCUUCCCUCUGUGUGUGGAAUUCAGAGCAACAGACUCUUGGAGCAAGUAGCAGAACACAACAGAAGCAGGAACUCAGGAAAUAACGUUCAUCUGUAGAAGAGCAGCAACUUCAUUUAAUGGCAAGUGCCUCCAGGCAGAAGGAUUAUUAAUAUUCAGCAUCCUUGUCAACCCUAUCUCUGUCUCUCCUCCUCCAGAACCCACUCACAUACCCAGUCAUAUGGAUUGCAUAACCUAGGCAUCACCUUUAUUCUCCUUCCUUUUUUCAAUGAGGUGAAAUAAGGAGAUUUACAAGCCUUUCCUGGCUUUGAUUCACAACCACAAAAAUAACCCUCUCAAGAUGCAGUGACGCAGGUUUGCAUGGUGAUAAUAUUUUAAAACAUGCAUUGACUUUUGGGGAAUCUGCACACUGAAUUUAAGCCUGUGAAUUUCUUGGGGCUUCCACCCAAAACCACCUCUGUAUUCUCUAUUACCCUAGAGGACCUCCUGCGCUGUCCUGUCUGUUACCCGUUACUAUUUACUGAGCCAGUGCUCCAUUUUUGUUACCCUAAAAUCCUUGGUACCACUGCAUGGGAGUAAUGCUGCACUCUGUAUUACAUGCUCAGACUAUUUUUGGAUAUCAGGCACCCUUAGCUCACAUGACCAACAGCUCCUACCAGCUCUGGUGGGAGUUAUAUGCACACACUGGCCUUCCCAAUCGUUUGGGUAGUUAAAAUAAAGCUUAUUCAAAACACCGGCAGAAUUAGGGCCUGAUUCAAAGCCCAUUGAAGUCAAGGAGAAUCUUGCCUUUUACUUUAACAGGAUUUGGGUCAGGCCUUUAGUCUGGGAAUAUCACGAGAGCAGCCAUUCCUGUGGUGUUUUGAUGCUUCCUCUUCCUAUUCUCAGUAUCUGGACAUUACUAAAAAGUUCAGUUUAGAUUCAACUCUAGAAAUAGGCAGGGCCACCCAGAGGAUUCAGGAGGCCUGGGGCAAAGCAAUUUUGGGGGCCCCUUCCAUAAAAAAAAAAAGUUGCAGUACUAUAGAAUACUAUAUUCUCAUGGGGGCCUGGGGCAAAUUGCUCCACUUGCCACCCGCUCUGGGCAGUUCUGGAAAUAGGUAAGUGUUUCAGGGUGAGCAGGUUUUCCUAACCAGUUUGUCCAUCUCUAGCAAAUUCAGGGACAGGGAGAGAGAGACCCUUUAGCUCAGUGCAACAUCCAUGGUUUUUGAUGAUGCUAUAACUCAGGAGCAGUAUAAUUAAAGUUUGAGCAUAUUUUGGGUAUGCUAGGAGUCAGUAGUUCUUGUGAUAUCCAGCACUAACCUCUCCAAACUUGGAGCUUCAAGGUGAAUAGAUUUUAGGUAAUCACUUAAGUGACAAGAGAAAGCUCAUCUGCUGGGUUUGCUAUGGUGUCCGGUCCCUCAUGCGUUAUAUGAAUUUGAAUAAAAAUCACCACAAGCUGAUGCCACCAGGACAAUCUACCUCUCGGGCAAACAAGCCUGACUCGAUAACCCAUAGACAGAUGAGAUCUUUUUAAUUUUUUUUUAAAUCCUAAUACUUUUAUAUAUAAAAGUGUGAGUGAUGCUAAUAACUAUUGCUAUUUUAGAGUUCUGUUAUAGUUCCUUCCUUUCAUCCCGAUAUUGAUUCUCUGAAGCCUAUGACUAGAGGAAAUGUAUUUAAAUAUAUGUAAAUACUGUGUGUUGAGGAUUAAAGGGACACUUAUUAAUACAUUUAGGCCCCAAAUUCAGGUUUUGUGAAAAACAAUUUUGCACAAAUUAAGAUUAGCAGAAUUUUGUCUAUGAUAUUUUUAAAGUUCUGAUGAAAACAGUUUUUUGUCUGGAUUUUAAACCUUCCCCUGUGGUGUUUCCAGCCUUGGGAUAAAGCAUAAGGGCCAGAAAAUGAAACUGCUUAGAAGCAAAUGUGAAACUGACUAGUCUGUUUUUUGGGAAUGCAAAAAUAAAUAAUGGCCUUUAUAAAUGUAAAGAAAAUUUGCUUUUAAAAAGUUAUUUCUGUUCUAAUAACCUAAGAUGUUAAUAACACUUUUGUGUUUUACUAUAUGGUUUUAAAUCUGUUUAAUUCAUAAAAGACUCUUAAACCACCCUGAUAAAAUGGUCUUUGAGAUAACAUUAUCAGGGAAAGAAAAUGCAGCUGUAGUGUGGCUCCCAGAUAAAUUAUUCCCCACUUGCAAUGAAAAUAGAGCUGCAUGACUCAUCCAGGCUAUGCAAACAUUCCAUCUUAUAACAUCAGAGCUGCCUGGGUUUUGUGUGGCACCUCAUUAAUUAAGUCAUCACUGCUCUACCUCAGUCUCUGAUUACAUGGUGCAGGAGAAAAUUAUUAAACAAAUAGAAGUACAAUUUUCUUUAGAUGGGAGAAGAAGAACACACUAAAAACAGGUUACUUCUCAUUCUGACCUUAGUGAGACAAUCAUAAUUUUGCUGCAACUGGCAUGUCCUACAAGCUAAGAUCAGAACAUUAAUUCUUUCAAAUUAUCCUUGAGGCUAAUGCACCAUAAUUAAUUACUCUUGGUCUACUUCUCUGCUGCCCGAACAUUCCUUCUUCUUGCUGUUUUGAAUAAACAAACAGCUUGGUGCAACGGAACAAGGGACUUUUUAAUUAUAGUAAAAGCUCUGUGGUGACCUAACUUUGAAUUAGUGAUAUUCCUAAUUGCAAUUCAGGAAUCAGAGAGUGUCUGCUAAAGAUUCAGUUCACAGUCCCAUAGGCCUGACAGCCAAAGUAUCAGUUCAAAUACAGGAAACCUCAGAGUGACAGAUCCCUGUGCAAAGGAUGUAUUGUUUCCUUUGCAGUUCCCGGAUGGGAUGUCAAGAAUGAUGCCAUGAAAAUAGUGGCAAUAAUUACAUACUCUGCCACCUUGAAGUCUCAGGUAGAGGGAUACUUGGUUUCUGUAGCCUAGUGCCAAUUCUGGUGACAAAUGCAGCCCUCAGCAGCUGACAGAUGGUAUUUUUGAAAGCAUAAUUCCUGUCACCAUUUUGCUACUGAGUAGCACAAAUGUUUUAGAUGUAGAACCCUGACAAGCCUAUGUGUCCCCAAACAUUAGUUUCAAAGGCAACGUUCACCAAUCUGAACAAAACAGAAUGACAAGUUAGCAUGACUUGCAUUUCUCUUUCAAAGGUUCUAUGUGGCCAGCUCAGAAACUUCAUUUCCAGGGUAUCUUAACUAGGGAACUAGAGAAAUUCAGAAAGAGAGUCCAUUGGGGUGGAAAAUUCUAAACUUCCAAUGACCUUUUAUGUCUCUGAAAGUCUAGUGAUAUUAACAUGUAAUUACUUUGAAGCUUUAUUUGAUACCUGCAUGAUGCAUAACCAGCUCAAAAUGUUUGUGUAAUUUAUUUAAUUUAAUAUUGGUUUGGUUCUUUUUUUGAUAAUAAACAAUAUGUGACUGAU